AUGUCGCAGCAGCCAAGUCCUUCGGCUCAGCAGGCCCACGAUGGCAACCCUCAGGACGUCCUCGCCGAGGCACGCAAGAAUCUGCAGUGCCUAAUUGACUCGGGCCUGUCCAAGGAGCUGCUGCACCAGCUGGUCGACGGUAGCCAGGCUCUCAAUCUUAAUCUCAGCGCGAUGACUGCCAUGCAAACCAUGCCCACGAUUCCAUCUCAAUCUCAGCCUCAGACUCAGUUCAACCAGCAAACCAGCAACCCGAAUCAGAGCGCAAACACAGCUUCGCUUGCUCCUCCACCCCCGAUGCGAUGCCCUCCCCCGCCUCCUGUUACAUCGAACGUGCCCAGUGUCCAGACUGUCACGACAGCUUCUUCUCGUCGCUCAUCAGCAGCGACGACUCCCACUCCGUCCGUUGAGAUUAAGCAUGAAGUCCUCCCUGAGGAAGUGAAUUAUCACGAAACAGCCAUGUUUCUUCCCCCUCAAGUCGCAUUUAGCCAUCGCCCUCGUAUCUCCGUCUCUUCGACAAGCUCUGGCUCUUCAGGCCAUGCGUCGAUCUGGUCAACUAACUCAGGACAGUCAGCGAUGUCAUGGCAAUCUACUUCUACCUGUAACCGAUCGCAGGCGCCACUUCCGAUUCCUCCUUCCACUUCCAUGAACGGUCUUGGCCCCAUGGCUGCCCCGGUUGGUACAGCUGGCAAGACCAACAUUUAUUGGUGCACCUCCUGUGAAACGAGCUUCAAGCGCAAGUACGACUGGAAGCGCCACGAGGACGAGUUUCACGAGCGCUGGCGCAAGUACCCUUGUCCCGAGCCGGGAUGCAACCGCAGCUUUUGGGGAUCCAACUCGUUCAAUCAGCAUCACAAGCAAUGCCACGGCUGCAAGACUUGUCCCCACGCCGAGAAAGUAGUCAAGUUCCUCCGAAAGCGCAAGUACUGGGCUUGCGGUUUCUGCUCUGCUCUUCACCCAGCACGCGAGCGCCAUGUCGAACAUGUUGCCCGUCACUUUGAGUCGGGCAUGACCAAAGGUGACUGGAUGCACUCGCGUGUUGUUUAUGGUCUCCUGCACCAGCCUUUGAUCCACGAGGCUUGGGACGCCCUUGUCGUUAGCAAGCAGCCUGAAUAUAAUGGACGACGACCUCAGUUCAGUUGGCACCCGAGCAAAACCGGUCGUGCCCAAGGAUUCCUUGAGAACGAAAACCCCGGCCAGCUUCAAGAUCUUCUUGAAUUCUUUUCUGGCGACGAAGGUGAAGCUCAGUGGAUCGUCAGCGUUGCUUAUGACCUUGCCGAUAUCGUUCUCACCUCAGCGCCUAUCCCCUCGCCACAGUAUUCUCAUGCCUCUCUUGGGCCUCAAGGUUUUGGACACGAUCCUCGCAUGUCUUUCAUGCCACUACCCACUCAAGGCCACCCAGGCCAUCAGUCUUUGAUGCCUUCACCCGAUCCUCAACAGACACAGUUUACCGCGCCUUUCCGAAACACAAUAAUGGUGCCUUCCCAACAAUUCACCUCGCCUUCAAGGCCUUCGCCUGCAUCGUCGGCUCACUCACCGUUGGGGCCAUCAACAUCACCGCUGAUGCCCCCACCAGCGCCAUCGCCCUUGGAAAAGCGUGAGCUUCCGCUACCACCCCCACCUCAAUCCCACGGACACGAUAACGGUGAAUCGAUGAUGGACUUCGAGUAUUCGCCGGCCCCCGUGGUGUUUGACGAUUGGGAGAGUCUCACAGGCGCCGUGAUUGAACAGCCUGGUCAACAACAUAACGCACCACCAGCCGACUGGGGCAUGGUGCAGUAUUUCAACGACCCCCGGGUCACCUCAUGAGCUCAGGCUCAAGCCACUCUUUGACACUUUGGACAUUACCGAGCCAAUUGCUUCAUCAUGUACCCAAUUUUGGGUUUGCCACGUUUUUCCUUGAAUCGAAUCUUACCGACACGGUGCGAAAACUAUCCCUGUGCAAGCAUUUUCCUUUUUGUUUUGUUUUUUCUUUAGUAGAUAAUGAUAAUACCCCAUCAUCGAGACGGCAGGUGAGGGCAUGUGGAUUGCUUUUUGUCUUGUCACGGCAGUCUGAAAGAAAUGGAUUGGCUUCUCAUGUCCUUGGUUAAAAAAAGGUGGAGUUGGGAAUGCCGUCACUGUCGUCCUUUGUUUCCUUGAUGUGAUUGAUGGAUAAAAUCUUCCGGGAGUUACCCCAUGGGAUGGAUGGACUUGGAAUAUAGGGACUGAGGCUGGAGAGUCAUGGACUGGCUAUUUAAGGCGAUGCGCAUGCAGCACGUACGAUGACGCUGAAAAUCCAGGUGCUGUAAGAUAAGGCAGAGGAAGGAAUAGAGAC